AUGUCAUCCUAUGAAGAACAGUGCUCAGCCCCAGACCUUCUGUUACUUCUGGAUCGAUUAAUCGAUUCGAUCACCGAGUCAGACCUUUCACUCGAAGACGAAUUGUAUUGGGAUUCUCAUGUGCACUCGCUCAUGGCUGUUAUCACACACACUGUAAGCUCCCCGUCAGGAACUCCUAUGGACGAUAUGCUGGGCCAAAUUCAGGAGCGAACUAAGUGCUUGAUUUAUAUCUUAAUGGAACGUCAAAUACGAGCAGCCAGACUUGAACAGUUACUAUUAGAUUACAUAUCAUGCAAACCUCAUGACAAAUUUUGCAAAUCUUCCAUGGAAUCUUUCACCACCGAAAGAACUAUAGAAUACACACGCGACUGCCCCCCAUAUGCUGCCGUGACGACUAGCCAGCCAGGAUACAAAACCGAGAAACGCUCCAAGCGAUUUCCAAAGACCGCUCAAAUGGAGCUAGAAAACUGGUAUACUGAGAAUGAGGACAAUCCGUAUCUAUCAAAGAGAGAUUUACAGCAACUAGUUCAUAAAACUGGACUUUGUGCCCCCCAAGUGAGGAAUUGGGUAUCAAAUAGACGAAGAAAGGAGCGAACACUAACCAUUUCAAAAGAGCUCUCAGACCUUUUGAAUCAAGAUACAGACUGUUCUCCCAAUGAUGUAGUAUAA